UGUCCAUCUGUCUCCGAGAGUGUUUUCUGCUGAAGAUAAACGUAAUAUUAUGAGCACUAAACAUAUGAUUCUGAAUUUUCAUCUAUAAUGUGGUGAUCGAAUGAAUGCAAAAAUUUUCCAUUUUUAUAAGAUUUUUAAGAAAAGUCAGAAUUCAAGGUUACUUGUUUAAAUUUUUGCUGUAGAAGUCCAGGUAACAGGAUAUCAAAUUAUUUCACUAGUCGAAGUGUCAAUGAUUUUAUUCCUUUGAUAAUGGAAUCCAAUGUAGAGAAUUCUAUUGAUUUAAGUCAACAAACUCGUAACUCAACGUGUAACACAACAUAUGCUGAAGUGCUUUCAAAAGGCAAACAAGAUUCAAAUGAUGUAUCAAACAACAAUCCUUCUACUUUUCUUCAUAAAACUGUGAAUGGAAAUGAGAAUUCAUUACCUGAAACUUCUCAUGCCAUUAUCACAGAAAGUACUUCGUUGGAAAGUAAGUGUUCUACAGACUCAAAUUCGUGUGAACUGUCUCCUAGUGACAGCUUUGAAGAUGCGGAAGAUAGCCAAUUGAAUAUUGAUUCACCUUCCAGGAAUAGGAGUGUAGAUGGAGACAGUAAAUCAAAUGGUGCAGAGAAAUCUUCAGAAUCAACAGAGACAGUGAAUGGUAAUAAGUUAAGUACUGAAGAGGUUAAUGGUUCAUGUUCUUCUGAAGAAUACAGUGAAAGUGGAGAAGAAUCAGAUACUGAAGAAGAACCUGAUGAGACAUAUCCUUCAGCUAUAAAAUGGAAGCUUCGUCCUAGUAAUCCUGCACUGAGUCUACCAGAAACUGUAACUGUUCUUGAUACCAACUAUGGUUCCAAAGUAUUUCUUGUUGGUACGGCUCAUUUUAGUUUGGAAAGUCAAGAAGAUGUUGCUAAGACAAUUAGAGCUGUUCAGCCGGAUAUUGUCAUGAUUGAGUUAUGCAAAAGCAGAGUUAACAUCUUGUCUUUAGAUGAAAAAACUAUUCUUGAAGAGUCAAAAAAUAUGAAUUUUCAAAAAAUGAAAGCUGCUAUAGAACAGAAUGGUCUACUACAAGGAGUAUUGUAUGUUCUUCUUCUAAGUAUGUCUGCUCACUUGACGAAACAGCUAGGAAUGGCACCUGGAGGAGAAUUCAGAAGAGCAUAUGCUGAGGCUAAGCGAAUUCCUGGAUGUUUAGUUCAUUUAGGAGAUCGUCCUAUUCAUAUAACUCUUCAAAGAGCUCUGGCUCGAUUGUCAUGGUGGCAGAAACUACGAAUUGCAUGGUAUAUGUUACGAGCAAAAGAUCCUAUUAGUCAGGAAGAAGUUGAACGUUGUAAACAGAAAGAUUUAUUAGAGCAAAUGCUAGCUGAGAUGACUGGAGAAUUUCCUGAGUUAAGUCAAGUGUUUGUGAAAGAACGAGAUAUUUAUCUGACUUACUCUUUGCAAAUGUCUGCAAUUCCAAUGCCAUCCGCUCAUUUACCAAAUGUUACUCUUCCAAGUUAUAUUGUUGGUGUUGUGGGCAUUGGCCAUGUUCCUGGCAUCAAAGAAAAUUGGGGAAAAGUUACCGAUGAAGACAUACCACCCAUUUUAAGUGUUCCUGAAGCAUCUCUGUCCAGCAAAAUUAUCCGUGUCAGCAUAAAAGUUUCUGUUAUUGGAUUAGGAAUAUAUGGUAUUUAUAAAUUAUUACCUACAGUCUUGAAACCAAAGAAUAUAUUCCAAUUUAUAGCUCGAUCAUCGACUACGAAUUGAAGAAUAGUGAAGUCCUUGCAGGAUAGGAGUGAUUAUUUUUAUACAUAAGAAACCAAGAAAAGAAUGAAGUUCCGUGCAGCUCACAGAUGAUGAGAUAUGACCAGUAAACUAGACUAUGUCAUUUAACUGAAUUUUUAACAUAAUAUUUUUUUUAGUUGAUUUUAAGUAACUUUGAGACUGUGAAAUAUAAUAAGAUCUGCCAAAUUAUAGUUACAUUUCAGAUUUGUAAAAGGAAAAAAGAAAUUUAAAAAAAAAAAAAAAGAUUAGUGCAGUUUUGUUAUUGAAUGUCUUAGUUUGCUUUAUCUGAAUUCAAUGUAAAUUUUUAGAUUUUACUCUGAAUGUAUGAGGAAUGAACAUACUUCACUUUUAGAUGACUAUGUAUCACAGUGAAAUCAUGUUAUGACGAGUUUCCCCUUUGUUUUGGCUUUAUUAGUGAUAGAAAAGCAUGUGUUGUGAGGAGGAGGAUUUUGCUACAUUAAAAUGUGAUCAAAUUUUUGAAUAAUCAGUUUAAAAAAAUAAAUAAUGAAUUGAAAUUUAGAACUGCAUUAAUAUUAAUUGUGGCUGUCUUAAUAUGACAGUUGUUAUUAUAUUGAUAUAGAGUGUUAUAUUUUGAAUUCUGUGAGUGUUCAAGGAUGGUUGUAACAGUUUUAAAUCAAGAUUCUGUAUCGUUACAGAAAAGUUUGGUUUUCUGCAUAGUGAUUUUCCAAAAGUAAUUUUUGUUAAUGUUUAUUUCAGAACAUAUUAAUUCUUCUAUACUUCUGUUAAUUAUUUAAGUAAUGGAUUCAAUUCAAAAGUAUUGGAUCCAGUUCAGAAAAUAAAUGACUUCUACAUUUGCCUUUGUUAAAGAUUUAAAGAAAAGUAUUUAUAGAUGUAAUGGGAAAUAAUCUGUUAAGACUUGGUAUUUCUAUGCUAUAAAUAAUUAUUCUUUAUCAUCUUUAUUUUCAAAACAAUAAUUAGUUAUUUAGAAAAAUACCUUUUCAUAAAUGAAGAUCAUGGCAAAUAAUAUUUAAAUGAUGACUUGUGAAACAAUCAUUUAGAACUUCGUUGCAAGAAAAAAAUAUUUUGCAAGGGGGGGAGGAACUGCACUUAAAAUAAAUAUUUAUUGAGAAAUUCUCAAUAUUACAUGAUAUGUUAAAAUAAGAAGAUUAAAGUCAUGUUAAAAAGAGAAGUAUGUUAAAUUUAGCAGAUAAAAUGCAAAAUUGGGGAGGUGGGUAUAGUGAUAAAAUAAUAGUUUGAAGAAGUAAACAUAUCCUUAUGCUUCUUGUUCAGUUCUGAAAUUUUAUAAUGUGUAUCAGAUAAAAGGUUUUCAUUUUAUAUUCAUAUUCAGAUAACAAUUAUAUUUGCUGUUAAAAUUAAAUUAGCAUUUAGAAUUUUUAUCUGUAUUUUAAACAACUUGUAAUUUGAUGAAUAUUUUAUGACAGUAAUAAUUUUAAAUAUGAAAUAUAGCAAUUUACGUCUUAUUUUUAUGUACAUUUGAGAAUUUUAUUUUUUAGUUAAGUACUGUUAUGGUCCAGUUUUUAUCUUCAGAAACAAAAUGCAUGAAUAAGUGCAGAGAAUUCUAUUCAUGUGAAAAUAAAAUAUAUGUACAAUAACAUAUUUGAGAUAAAAAAAUUAUAUUUUAAGGAAUUUUAAAAGCAUACAUAACAUAAAUUCGUAUUGCAAUAAAAGAAAUGGUUUGUUAAAGAAUAGUUGUAGAAGUAGAUUCUCAGUACUAUAAUAUAUGCCAAAUUUUUGCAUUUAUCUUGGAACGUUUGCAGGCCAUUAAUCUGCUAAUUGUUGAACAACUAUAAGAAAAAUCAAAUUAAACUUUUCUAUUUUUACUUAGAAAAGCAUUUCUUUCUUACUAAAUAUGAGUGAUUUUUUAAUUCUUUAUUUUGGAAUUUUAAGUAUUUGCCAUAUUUGGAUUCAAGUAUUAACAUUCUUUGAAAAUAGGCAUUUUGACUAAUUUAAAUUUCUGUCCUUUCUGUUAUACUUUACAAGUAUUCUUGGAUUUUAUUUUAUAUUCUAUCAUAUAGUUUGUGCUUUAUCUGAUGUUAAACCUUCUUAUUGUUAUACAUAUGCGCAAUGUUGUAUCAGACUGUUUUUUGUUAAUAUGAUUGAGCUUAUUCAUGUAUGAAAUGUACAAAGGUGUCCUUAUUAAUGUAGCAUACACACUUGCUUUUUUCUGAUAUCUUUAAAAUAGCUUUUCUCACUUUUUUUAACCGCUAUGGGUUUUGAUGCUUGAAAUAUUUUAUUAGUAACGGCUAAUAGAAUAGGAUUGAUCUGUUAUUUCAGUUCAUUAUAGAGCAGUGCAAUGUCAUUUCGUCACUCUCUAAAUUUAUUGUAGUAGGUAAUUGAUUUACUGUCAGUACUGAAGUUUUUCAUUAAUGUGAAAUAUUUAAGAAGUAUAAAACUACUUUGAAGAAACUAUUUUCUGAUUCAAGAGCUAAAUCGAGAGGCAAUGAAAUGAUUUUUUUUUUUCGUAAUUAACACUCAACAAAUAGCAUAAUAGUUACUGAAAUAUAUUCUAUUUGCUAUUUUCUUACUCAUUUUUAUAUGUUUUCUAAUGCACAGUAUGCAGUGGUACUGGUGUAUGGCAACAUAGUUACUAAUUCAGUUCCCUGAUGCUUUGUUGAUUUUCUUGACUGAUUGAAAAAAAAAAAUUGCAAAAUCUGUUGUUUCAAUGCCAAAACAUUGUAGAUGUAUGCAUUGUUUUCUGUUUAAAUGUAAAUGAUGUAAAAAAAUGCAUAACUUUAAAAUAUUUGUUAAAAAUGUAACAAAGUAAUGUAUUGAAAAGUAUAUAAUUGGAAAUUAUUAAUAAAAAUUUGCUUGUUUUAUUUUUGGUAGAACAUUUAUUCCAUCACAGUUGCAUUAUUAGUCUGAGAUAGUUUAUGUAAUGGAAGUGAAACUUUUUUUUAUUAUAGUGACGAAUGACUUCUGCAGCUGACAAAUUCAGAAUGUCUUUAUGAUAACUGUAAAAUGUAAUGUGUAGCAUUAAUUUCUCAAUGAAAAGAUUUUUCUUGUGUCUGAAUAAUUACUGCUACAAUAAAUCUUUAUAAUGAAGCA